AUGGCGCAUUCAGAGACGAGCGACGACGACGGCGGGCUUGACCUCUUUGACGAGCCCGAGGGGUUUCGGCCAAAGACGCCGCCACCAACGACAGCAUCCUACACGCUGCGGCUGUGCGGUGAUGGGGAGGGGCAGCAAGCUGAAGAGCACGAGAUCCAGCUGGACCUCGUCGGUUCGCAUCCCUUGUGGGGGCAUCACCUCUGGAAUGCCGCGCCGACGCUGUCCGAUUUUCUCGCUGGUUCAGACAGGGGCCACCACUGGUGCAAGGGAGCGCGGGUGCUCGAGCUUGGAGCCGCUGCGGGCCUGCCGAGCAUAGUGGCGGCGAAGCUCGGCGCGAAGCGAGUCAUUGCGACCGACUACCCCGAUCCUGGCCUCAUCACUAAUCUCUCCACGAAUCUGGCCCGGGGCAGCACUGAGGGCAGCGCAGGCUGUGCGAGCGCGCAGGGAUACAUCUGGGGCCACGAUGCAGCGCCGCUGCUCUCCGAGCUCGAAGGAGAAAAGUUCGACCUGCUCAUCCUCUCGGACCUCAUCUUUAACCACCAGGCCCACCCAGCCCUCUUGCAAACAAUGGACGCCUGCCUUGCCCCACCACGGCCCUGCGCGCUCGUCUUCUUUAGUCACCAUCGGCCGCACCUCGCCGACCGCGACAUGGACUUCUUCACUCAGGCGGGGAAUGCCGGCUGGCUGUGCGAGGAGGUGGGCCAGUGGAAGAUGCCGCCAAUGUUCCCAAAGGACGCGGGAAGCGAAGAGGUCAGAGGGACAGUGCAUGGCUGGAGAGUCUGGCGGUGA